AGGAAAUACACCCGGAAGAGUCAAUAUGCAGAGACAGGACUCCCAAGAUGCGCCUCUUUUUGGUGAUGAUGACGGUAACACGGGGCUAAGAAAGUCCAAAAUUAGACAUCCGCUGGCCUCAUUCUUCCAUCUCUUCUUCCGAACAAGUGCCAUCUUGGUGUAUUUACUGUGCGACAUGUUCAGCAGUCGUUUUAUCGCCUGUAUGGUCACCAUCAUCCUCCUGCUGUCAUGUGACUUCUGGACCGUCAAGAAUGUAUCUGGCAGAUUGCUGGUCGGCCUUCGUUGGUGGAAUCAAGUGGAUGAAGAUGGAAAGAGUCAGUGGGUAUUUGAGUCAAGGACGAAAAACAGUCAGAGCACAACGUCCACCGCUGAGUCACAGAUCUUCUGGCUCGGGCUCAUCGUGUGCCCCAUGUUCUGGGUUGUUUUCGUGUUCAGCACCAUCGUCUCUCUCAAGAUCAAAUGGCUGGCUGUUGUAGUUAUGGGCUUGGUUUUACAAUGGGCCAACCUGUACGGCUAUGUGCGAUGCAAGGUGGGCGGGAAGUCCAACCUGAGGAGCAUGGCAAAAAACUAUCUCGGUGUCCAGAUUUUUAAGCAGGCAAUGAAGAAAAACGAGGAUCCUUGAAGUUAAAGAGGAUGAGUGACGAUCUGCAUUGUGAUGGGACACAUUAUAUUUACUUGAUUCCUGUUGAUCUUUUCUGAGGGUUUGUGAUGUUUUUUUUUUUUUUAAUUUCAUUUGUGUUUUUGAUAUGUGCUGUUUCUCCUGAGUUCAUUGUUUAAGAGUAAAACUCUUCUAAUAAUUAAGAUAAAAUACAAAAUAGUUGAUUUUGAGAUUAAUUUAACAUU